AUGUUAAGAGUCAUCGAAACUUCUACUCGGGAGGUCAAAUCUCUCAACGGACUCUGGUCGUUUGCUCUUGACACUGACCCCAAAUUCACCUCCUCAUCGCCAUGGGAAUCCACCCUGCCUGGUAAUCUGGAGUGUCCCGUUCCUGCUUCGUACAACGAUAUAUUUCCCAACCAUGCUCUACGUGACCACGUUGGAAAGGUAUGGUAUCAACGCUUAGUUCGUAUUCCCAAAUCUUGGGACGGUCAAAGAGUUUUUAUCCGUCUGGAUUCAGCAACUCACGAAGGGGAGGUCUAUGUCAACGAUAAACUUGUGGUCAAACAUGUUGGGGGAUACACUCCGUUUGAAGCUGAUCUCACUUCGGCGGGAGUCAAAGCUGGAGAGGAAGUUAGAAUUACGAUUGGCGUGAAUAACAUCCUCACCAGACAUUCGAUUCCACCUGGAGAGCUCCAGAAGAACGAGCUAGGUAAGACUGUUCAAAUCAUCAGACAUGACUUCUUCAAUUAUGCCGGGCUGGCUAGAAGCGUCCGGCUAUACACUGUCCCGCUAGAUGUCAGGAUCGGAGAUAUCAAGGUCGUCACGGAUGUCGAGGAGAAGGGAGGGUCUGGUACAGUCAAGUUCGAUCUCAAGCUUGACGGAGGUGAUGGAACGGUUACGGUGAAUUUGGUGGACAGGGAUGGCAAGAUCGUUACGACCUCAAAUUCUCCUUCCGGUACACUCACAGUUCCCAGUCCCAAGCUCUGGGGGCCAGGUCAACCGUACCUUUACGACCUUUCCAUCAAGGUUUCUACUGCCGGUACAGUCGUCGAUGAGUACAGCCUUCCCGUCGGAAUUCGCUCCGUUAAGAUCUCCGGCACGCAGUUUCUCAUCAAUCACAAACCCUUCUACUUUAAAGGUUUUGCUCGGCAUGAAGACUUGACGGUAAUUGGCAAAGGUCACGAUGAUGCUUGGAUGGUUUACGAUUACGAACUCAUGCGAUGGACAGGUGCCAAUUCUUUCCGAACCUCUCACUACCCUUACGCCGAAGAAAUCUAUGAUUACGCUGAUCGACACGGAUGGAUCAUCAUCGAUGAAGUUGCUGCGGUUGGUCUGAACCUGCAUCUGGGAGGCUGGCUAAUUGGCAAAGAUGAAAGGGGCACUUUCUCGGACGAAUAUUGUGAUGCGACAACACAAGAAACUCAUAAACAGGCUAUUAGAGAGCUAAUUGACAGAGACUACAAUCACCCAUCCGUUGUUAUGUGGUCUAUCACCAACGAGCCUGCAUCUCAAGAAAAAGGUGCGAGGGAAUAUUUCCAACCACUCGUCGAAUUCACCAAACAACAUGAUCCCCAUCGACCUGUGACUUUCACCAACAUGGGCAUGGCACUUCCCGAUACCGAUAGGAUCGCUGACCUUUUCGACGUGAUCGGCAUCAAUCGCUAUUAUGGGUGGUAUCAUGAAACCGGCGAUCUUGAGCUGGCAGAGAAGAAGCUGGAAGAAGAGCUCAAACGCUGGGCAGAAAAGUACAAGCGUCCUCUGGUGAUGUGUGAAUAUGGAGCAGACACUCUGGCUGGAUUGCACAUGCAUCCAGCUCAACCUUGGUCAGAGGAAUACCAAUCCGAGUUUUACACUAUGUAUCAUCGUGUCUUUGACAAGAUCGAGGCAAUCGUAGGGGAGCAAGUUUGGGUUUUUGCCGACUUUAGUACGGGACCUGGUGUGAUCCGGGUGGAUGGCAAUAAGAAGGGGAUAUUCACGCGGGACAGGAAACCCAAAUUGGCGGCUCAUACAUUGAAAAAGAGGUGGGGUGGAUUGUGGGAGGAGAAGGAAUGA